AUGGCAGCACAGAAGGCCAAGAAGCAGGCUGAAAAGAACGAUCGGGCCGGCUUCUUUGCGACCCGAGCGUCGACGCCGAAAUUUAUGGGCCUAGCUGACCAGGGACAAGAUGGCGACGGAGGUAACGACACGCUGCCACUACCGACCUCCCCAGGCACACAAAACCUGCCAGUGACCCAAGACUUCCUACAGAAGUGUCUAGACACCAUGUCCAGCAGGAUUCUUGAAACCCUGCAAGGCACACUAGGAGAAGUGAAAAGGGAGAUGCAGGAGCUGGGUGACAGGACAGCACAGGUGGAGAAUCGUGUGUAG